UAGCUGCUCAGUCAUCGUUCUACUACACCUCUCCCAUCAUUGAGACGUCGGCGGUAAUUGACUGUGUGGGUUAGCCAAGAUGGGGGACACACGAACACCUGCAAAGAAGACGCCUUCUCUAUCGAAGAAGACCGGCCCAACGCCGUCGUCAGCCACCGGAAAGCAACAGAGCAUUCUUGGCUUCUUUGCCAAAUCCUCUCCCAUCCCGUCCCCUGCCGCUUCGUGUCUUAAAGAGACUACAAAAUCCAACAGGAAACCCUCUACUGUUACACCUAUCCCAAGUAGUGACGGCCUAGAGCCUGCUGACUCGCAAGAAAAUCACGACUCUGCUGCCACUAUAAAGCACCGCGUUUCCACCCUUGCUAUCACUAUGGAUAGCAGUCCAACUCGCAGGGCCAAAAAGACCGUCAACUACGCCGAGUCCUCGGACGACGAUGGUGAUGAUGUCUUCGUAACCAUGAAAGCCUCCCAAGCCCGAAGACGCGGCCGCCAGCGAACCCGGGUGCUUGACGACGACCAGGAUGACUACGAGGACAACAAGGAUGUCGCUGCUGAUGAAGAUGACGAGAUGGCCGAUUUUGUCGUGUCUGACGACUCGGAUGCCCCGACAAAGAAACGGAAACGCCCCAACCAACCUCAGGCUUCUCGGAAGCGUUCGCAGGCGCCACCCCUGGUUUCUAACCGCGAUGACGAAGAGGCGAUCGACAGGGAUAGUGAUAAUGAGGCGAUAGACGAUAUUCCAUCCGCGUCUACUGCUCAGCAAUGGCGAUACGAUCCCGAUAGCAGAGAACCUGUGAAACAUAGACUAGCCUCCCAGCCUACACCGAAAACUGCGACAAAACAGAAGGCACACACCCGCGAUCCCGAGGAGCGAUAUCCCUGGUUAGCAGCUAUUAAGGACAUCAAUCGGAAUCCUCCGUCCCACCCAGACUAUGAUCCAUCGACUGUUUACGUCCCUCCGAUGGCAUGGGACAACUUUUCGGCCUUCGAAAAGCAAUAUUGGGAGAUCAAGCAGAAGCUAUGGGACACCGUUGUCUUCUUCAAGAAGGGCAAGUUCUACGAGCUUUACGAGAACGACGCCACCAUAGGCCACCAGCUGUUCGACCUCAAACUCACUGAUCGUGUGAACAUGCGCAUGGUUGGUGUUCCCGAGAGCUCGCUCGACAUGUGGGUCAAUCAAUUCAUCGCGAAGGGCUAUAAAGUCGCCCGCGUCGACCAGAUGGAGACGGCACUGGGGAAGGAGAUGCGGGAAAGGGUUGACGUUAAGGCGAAGAAACAGGAGAAGAUAAUACGUCGGGAGCUCGCUUGCAUCCUAACUGGCGGUACGCUGGUCGAUGGUGCCAUGCUCCAGGAUGACACGGCAACGUACUGUGUCGCAAUCAAGGAGUCGGUUGUGGGCGACCAUCCUGCAUUCGGCAUCGCCUUUGUCGACGCCGCCACGGGCCAAUUCUUCAUCUCGGAGUUUGAGGAUGAUGUGGACCUUACCAAAUUUGAGACCUUCGUUGCCCAAACAAAUCCCCAGGAGCUUCUCCUCGAAAAGUCUCGCAUCUCCACCAAAGCUUUGCGAAUCCUCAAGAACAAUACCUCCCCCACCACCAUAUGGAAUCAUUUCAGAUCCGGGACGCAGUUUUGGGAGGCGGAUCUUACCCGGCGAGAACUCGAGUGUAACAGCUACUUUGCCGAACACGAAGGGGCGGAAGAGCACUGGCCAAAAGCUCUGGCCGAGGCCAGAGACAAAGAUUUGUUGCUCUCUGCCCUCGGUGCACUCAUCCAGUACCUAGGAGUGCUGAAAAUCGAGCGGAAUCUCCUAUCACAGGGCAACUUCACCUGGUACAGCCCCAUUCAAAAGAAUGGCACGCUAAUUUUAGACGGCCAAAGUCUUAUUAACCUCGAGAUCUUCGCGAACUCCGUGAAUGGCGGGCCAGCUGGGACACUGUUUACCCUCCUUAACCGAUGUGUCACUCCCUUUGGCAAGCGGCUCUUCCGCCAAUGGGUGUGUCACCCUCUCUGCAACAUACAAAAGAUCAACGAGAGGCUCGACGCCGUUGACAUGUUCAACGCAGAUCUCGCGCUUCGAGAUAAAUUGUCGUGGCAGAUGACGAAAAUGCCAGACCUUGAGCGUCUCAUAUCACGAAUUCAUGCCGGGGCUUGUCGUCCGGAGGACUUUGUAAGAGUUCUCGAAGGGUUUGAGCAGAUUGGUGACACUAUAGGCCUCCUCGCCACCCCCGCGACCGGUUGUGGUCUGAUCGAUCGUCUCGUUUCGAAUAUGCCGAACCUCGAUGAGCCAUUGUCAUACUGGAAGACCGCUUUCGACCGUAAGAGGGCUCGAGAGGAGAAGAUUCUGGUGCCCGGGCGCGGUAUCGAGGAAGACUUCGACAGUAGCCACGACAGAAUCUCUGAAAUUAAAGAUGACCUCGAAACACUGCUCAACGAGAAGAAGAAAGAGUUGAAGACCAAAUCCCUCAAAUUCACGGAUGUAGGGAAGGAGAUUUACCAGAUCGAGGCACCCAAAUCAGUCAAAGUCCCCAAGAAUUGGCAGCAGAUGUCGGCGACAGCUAGUGUCAAACGCUACUACUUCAAAGAGUUAACAGACCUCGUCCGCCAGGUUCAGGAGGCCGAAGAGACUCACUCUCAGCUCGUCCGGGAAGUUGCGCUGCGGUUGUUCAAGCGUUUUGACGUCGACUACGACACUUGGCUGCAGGCCAUUCGUAUCGUAUCCCAGUUGGACUGCCUUUUAAGUCUGGCGAAGGCAUCUUCGUCGUUGGGCGAGCCGAGCUGCCGCCCUGUCUUCGUAGACGAAGAGCGCAGCGUAGUCGAAUUCGAGGAACUCCGGCACCCUUGCAUGAUCAAUACCGUCGAUGAUUUCAUCCCCAACGAUAUCGUACUCGGCGGCAGCUCGGCCAAGAUAAAUCUUCUGACGGGCGCAAAUGCUGCCGGUAAAUCCACGAUUCUCCGAAUGUCGUGUAUCGCGGUUAUCAUGGCGCAGAUCGGCUGCUACAUCCCGGCCGCGUCGGCCCGGUUAACGCCUUGCGACCGUAUCAUGUCGCGCCUGGGCGCGAAUGACAAUAUCUUUGCGGCGCAAUCCACCUUCUUUGUCGAAUUGUCAGAGACUAAGAAAAUCCUAUCCGAGGCCACUCCGCGAACCCUUGUCAUCCUAGACGAGCUGGGCCGUGGCACUUCUAGCUACGACGGAGUCGCCGUAGCUCAGGCCGUUCUGCAUCAUGUUGCCACCCACAUUGGGUGUGUCGGCUUCUUCGCAACCCAUUAUCACUCUCUUGCCACCGAAUUCGAGAACCACCCUGAAAUCAGAGCAAAACGCAUGCAGAUACAGGUCGACGAAAGGCAGCGCCGCAUUACCUUCCUAUACAAACUAGAGGACGGCGUAGCCGAAGGCAGCUUUGGUAUGCACUGUGCAGCCAUGUGUGGAAUUUCAAAUCGCGUCAUCGAGAGGGCCGAGGUUGCCGCCAAAGAGUGGGAACACACGAGCAGGCUGAAAGAGAGCCUAGAGCGUGCGCGAGAAGGCUGCUACAUCCCUCUAGGCAUAUUGAGCGAUGUCGCAACGAUGUUGAACGAGGACGAAGACGAAGGUAUCAAUACGCGAAGCUUGGAGGUGCUGACAAAGGCUAUCGAGGCUCUCUGACAGGUAGGAUAGCGCUAAAAUGUAUCUAUUCAAGUCAUGUUGCUGUGGCCAGUUUCGAGCCGUAGGGUUAUGUACGUAUUUAGGACCUAUGUGUGCGGAGUUGGCGGGUUCUAGCUAGAUAGACUGGGCAGGAUAGGUAAAUAAGUCAGUUUAAUAUUAAUGGGCUCUAGAGAACGUUCAGGCAUGCUUCAAAACGAUAGCCCAGCGUAGUACCCUGUCGACUGGUGAGCUAUAAGAUGUCGGUAGAUAGAUUGUAGUGGCACGGCAUUA